AUGGAGUCUGACGAAGAUUAUUCAGAAGAAGAAGACUAUUUGGAGCCCUUGAGACGUCAAAUUACGGGUUGUCUCAGUGGAAUUCACAGUGCGGGAUCUUUUGCAACAUCUGACAACAACGUCGAGCACAUCCACCCUGGUCUGACUGUCAAAGGCGUCGGACCUAUUAGACUCCCUUUGUCCCAUGACGAUGCCCAAGCUCUCAUUAAAGUGAGCCUUCGGGCCCCUUUUGGCAAGGGAAGAAACACGCUGGUGGAUGAGACAGUGAGGAAGACUUGGGAAAUUGACGGAAAAGAGUUGUCGUUCGAAAAUGAAAAGUGGGAUGACUGGCUCAAGGGGGUUCUCGGCAAAGUUUCUGAGGGCCUGGGGAUCCCUGGUGAUGGUAGCAAUGUGCAAGCUGAGCUUUACAAGCUCUUGGUGUACGAGGAAGGUGCUUUUUUCAAACCUCACAAAGACACGGAGAAGACCCACAACAUGUUUGGAACACUGGUCAUUUGCUUGCCCUCUCAACAUGUUGGUGGUGGGGUGCGGUUGAUUCACGGGAAAGAAGAGACAGUUCUCGAAACAGACAAGGGGUCUGCCUACGGGGUCUCUUAUUUGGCUUGGUAUAGCGACGUGUCUCAUGAGGUGUUGCCAGUUCAAUCCGGAUAUCGACUCGUUUUGACGUACAACCUCGCCCACACAGGUAUCAAGCAUCAACCCUCGGCUACUGUACUGGACAUGGAACAAUCGAGAAUUGGGCAGAUGCUCGACAAGUGGUCUUCUAUGAAAGACAGACCACAGUUCAUGUGUUACGCGCUUCGGCACAAAUAUACCGCUGCCCAUCUCCAGUUGGCUAAUCUCAAAGGGGACGACUACUACCGUUGUUUCCAGCUUGACCAAGCUUGUCAGUCCAACGGUCAUUUCUGCGUUCUUCUAUCUCGGAUGAAAUUGACCGUGACACGAAUCAACGACGAGGACGAAUACGAUGACUCGGCGCAGGAAGAGCUCCGUCUCGAAGGGGUUGUCACUCUGCAGGGCUUCAAGCUUCGGGAUGCUUUAAAGAUCUCUGAUACGAAUCUUGUUCCAAGCAAUCUCUAUGAUGACCGUCAGCACGACGAACAAUGGGGAGGCGAACACUUGGGCAAUCAGCAUGCGGAAAUCAGCCAAGUCUAUCGUGAUACCGUUGCUCUCAUUGCUCCUCGAGACAUUGUGACACAAUUGCUUCUGGGACGUGGUCAUAAACUUGAACAAUACUGGACAUUCCUGCAACGGCUUCUCACCGGCAUCGAGGACGAAGACAGCGAUGAGCGAAGUCUCUUCUGCGAAAUGCUCGUCCAGACCUGCCAAAAUCACAUUCAAGCACGCUACCCCACCAGUAGCGACAAAGAUCGUCACAUGGGCUUUACCGCCCUGGCAUCCCUGCGUUUCGAAGAUUUCGACAUGGCCAUGGCCGCUCUUGACGCUGUGACGGAUAGCUUCGACACAUAUACCUUCGAGAGCAUUGGCCAACUCGGGUUCCAGAGAACGAAAGAGUUUGUCACCGAAGCCUUUUCUCGCAUGUCGAAACUGCACCUCGUUGAUCGUGGGCUUCGAGCCUUCCGCUCUGGUGUGUCCAAGGCGGCUCAGCCGGACACUACCCGAAAAUCAGGAGACGCCGUCCACAAAUGGGCAGUGGCUACUCUCCGCACAGCUCUCGAUUCGAUUAAAAAGGUCUCAGCCAAGGAUGCCGGAGCUGUGGUUCAGAUCAUGGCUGCCUAUGAGGACAAACCUCUGUGGAAACGCGUGGACGCUUUCAUCGGUCGCUUUUUGGCUGAGGCCACCUUUCUCGGCGCUCUCUUGUCGGAAGUCCUUUGCUACUCCCGCACAGGCGAGAAGGCGACGAAGUCGCACACCGUUGUGGAACAUCUUGUCCCACUCAUCCUGGACCGGGCCAUCUCGUAUUUCCGGCUGGAACAAUUUUCGUCUUUUUCGAAGCGGUGGGAGCCUGCCAUGGACCACCCGUUUUCUUUGUGGCCUGGUACACCUGAUGCCGAGAAAGGCAAAAAGGAUGCUGCUGUCGUUGCGUCUCUGUAUCGUCUCCUUGCGGAGGACGACUUGGACAAGGCGGCACAGCUCCUGGAAAAGAUCGCCGACGACACGAGAAGCGUCAAGGAAGAUGAUCUAAACCGCUUCAUCAUCCCGCUGCUGCGCGAAAUGAUCGACGUCACUGCGCUCCAACCGGCCGAGGCUUCUCGGUUCUACCGCCAAAUCAUCACCACCUACAGCGAGAGAGUGGUUCAGAAAGAGCCCCCCAAGCCGCAGGACUGGUCCCAACCGGACGCAUUCAAGCCCUGCUGGAACAAAUGCGAGUAUUGCUCCCUCGUCCAAGAGUUUCUAAUGGAUCCCAGCAAGGAGGAGCAAGUCUUCGCCGUCCCUGCGGAAAACUAUUAUUCACUGACUCAGCAUUGGUCCUAUCACUGCGAGAGGACCUUGGAGGAAAAGGGAAAAAUCUACGAAAUUCGGGUCAGAAAAACCCUCGGGGAGUGGGAAAAAGCUCACAAGUCCUGGGGAGAAAGAGCUGGCCCGGCCCAGUCGAAACUGCGGUCCCUGCCUGAGGCACCGUUGCGCCAAUACCUGGGGGACGGCGAGUAUGAAGACUUGAUGGACCUGCGGAUUGUCAAGGUGCCGACGGGAGGAGAUGUGACGAUGACGACGACGGCGACGACUCCUGCGAAAGCUGGGAAAGGGAGUUCCAGUCACACGAAGUAG